AUGGCUUAUCUCGGCGAUACAAGUCAAAUGUUGGUAGAUACUACGGAUGUUUUUACAACUCAUCAAAAAUUUGCUACCGCAGAUGAUGUUGUCAAAUGGGCUCGAGAUGUUGGAGAUGCCAAUAAAGUCGGUAUUAUCAUUACUCGGUCGGAUAAAAAGAACGGAAUAAGAGGAAGAAAUGACAAGUUGAUUUUGGGUUGUGACAAAGGUGGAAAGUAUGACUCUUCAGAAAGUUCCACGACAUCUGCAUCGAAAAAGUGUAACUGUCCAUUUAAAAUUAGAGCUGCACCUUCAACAGAUGGUUCAGGAUGGAAAGUUCAGGUUAUUCAUGGAGUUCACAACCACGGGCUACCUGAUCAAUAUCAUGGUCAUUCUCGCAAGGCACGUUUAACCGCUGAUGAAAACAAACGUGUUCAAGAUUUGACAAAGCGUAAAGUAGCACCAAGACACAUUGUUUUAGAUUUGAAAGAUCAAAAUCCAGAGUCUGUUGUUGAUGCCACACUUGUAUAUAGGAAAAGACACAUGAUGCAAAUACAGGAAAGAGGUUCCAGAACAGAGCUGCAACACUUGCUGCAGUUGUUAGAUGAUGCAAAAUAUGUCAGCUGGAAUAGAAGAAAAGAUGAUGGCUCCGAUGUUUUGAGUGAUAUUUUUUGGGCGCAUCCAGAUUCAAUCAAGUUGUUGAACUUGUUUCCCAUUGUUUUGGUUAUGGACUGCACGUACAAAACUAAUAAAUAUAGACAGCCACUGCUUGAAAUUGCUGGCAUAACGUCAACUAACAUGACAUUUGCUGUUGGAUUUGCUUACAUGGAAUCUGAGAAGACGGACAAUUAUCAUUGGGCGUUAGGGAGUUUGCUUUGA